AUGAACCUCGUCUUCUUCCUGUCGCUGGUCUCCCUCGGAUUGACCAUACCAGACAACGAAGAUGUGACAGUCGUGACAGUGGCACCGUCAAUCCCAUCCGACGAGCCAUCAUAUAAGGACUUUGACACAUUCACAUCGGCAAUCCUCAAUUCCACCAAUCACUACCGGGCGCAGCACAAUGCGUCCGCCCUCUCAUGGAACGACACGUUGCAAGACUUUGCAGAAGACUAUCUCGAUGACAGCUCGUGCAAGAUGGAGCAUUCUGGCGGCCCUUACGGAGAGAACUUGGCCAUCGGCUAUAGCAACGCCACAGCAGCCGUAGAAGCCUGGGGCGACGAGCGAGAAGAAUACGAUUUCGAAGACGGAGAGUUCGACAAGUCCACCGGUCACUUUACGCAACUCGUUUGGAAGGACACUGACAGUGUGGGCUGCGGGCGGAAAUUAUGCACUGAGGAUGACGAGGGGGCGGAUAUUACUGGCUGGUACGUUGCGUGUGAGUAUUGGCCUAGGGGAAAUGUGGAGGGCGAAUUUGAGGACGAAGUCGUCGAGGGUGAGGAUGAUGAUGAUGGCGCACUGAUGGGCACGGUUGAUUGUGUUAUCAUGGGCGCAUUGGGGCUUGGAGCUGCCUUGAUGAAUUUUGUGUGA